CCCGGGCCGCAUUAACCCCGUGUCUGCCAUGGAGUGCCUCCAGGAGCUGCAGCACCCCCUGCUGGACAAGUCACUGGGAGGGGGGAUGCUGACCCCCCUUCUCUCGAAAGACACUGAAGGAGGGGGGGAUCUGAUUUGGAAAUGCCUCCCCCACCGGGCCCCUCCUGGGGCAGAUCUCCGCCACCAGUUCCUGGACCCCGGGAGCCUUCAUCCCACCGUGGAGCUGGGGGGGGGGCGGCUGGCCGAGCUGGCGUUCUGGAGGGCAGCGGACCCCCGGAUGUGGCGGGGCAAAGACUACAUAGAGACCACGUUUGUAGAUUCCCAGGACAGCCCCGACGCCCACAAAAGACUGAUUUACCCCCCAGAGAAGGGCAUUCACACCGUGUCCUGCGACCCCACUGAAGACGACAUGAUAGACAUGGAGAACGGAUCCACGAGCGACAGCGACACGGACAGCGAGAGCCACUUCUCCCUCUUACUGCCCCAGGACUACCUGGGCCUGGCCGUCUUCUCCAUGCUGUGCUGCUUCUGGCCCCUGGGCAUCGCCGCUUUCUUCCUGUCUCAGAAGACAAACAAAGCCUCGGCUCAAGGCGACUACCACGGGGCAAGUGUGGCUUCCAGACAGACCUUCCUGCUGGCCGUCCUCUCCAUCUUCCUGGGGAUCUGCACCUACAUCGGGGCCGUGGUGGCCCUCAUCUCCUACCUGUCCAACAGAGCCCCCACCUAACGGGCCGAGCCCUGCCUGCCGUGCCACCCGGGCUGCACAUUAACACUG